CGCAGCCAGACACUCUCCUCGAAUAUACACCAGGUGUACGUCUUCCCGUGCGAUGAUCAACGCAGUACUGGUCUUCAACAAUAACGGUCAACCUAGGUUGACCAAAUUCUACUCUCAGCUGGACACAUCAACUCAGCAGUCCUUACUGAACCAGAUAUUCACACUUGUCUCUGCGCGUCCAGCGUCUGCGUGCAACUUCUUGCCUCUUCCUCCGUUGUUGGCUCCUUCUGGAAGCAACUCCUCUCCCGAUGCUCCAGCGCAAAUCACCUAUAGACACUACGCGACUCUCUAUUUCAUUCUGAUCUCUACCUCUACCGAAUCUCCCCUGGCUCUUCUCGACUUCAUCCAGGUCUUCGUUGAGGCUCUCGAUAGGUUGUUCGAAAAUGUGUGCGAGCUGGAUCUGAUUUUUGGUUUCGAGACACUGCAUGCCGUUCUGAGUGAAAUGGUGGUUGGUGGUGUUGUGGUAGAAACAAGCCUCGAAAAGAUCGUCGAAGGCGUCAGAACCAACGAAGGCACAAAAGGCAAGCGACGUGCCAUCAAUUCACGAGACUCGGGAAGUUCCUUAGGAAGAGGAAGUGGCUUUGCAGGCCUAGGCUGGGCUACGACAGGACAUGGAAGCUGGAGAUGAAGCAUAAAUGAAGGAGUGCUAUACGAAAGCUGGUCUAAUCGGUGCCUUAUCCGGAGUGCUUCCAUAGCAUGGAAGACAUCAUACAUGGCCUGUAAUGGAACAACUCGACCAUGAACUUUCUCCGACACGCCAUGACAAGGCUUUCGCGUCUGCUCGACACGGACAAACACACUGCAGUCGUCAAAAAGCGACUAGGCCUUCACGACUCUCAAGGCGGCUGCAUUUGCAUGGCCAUCUCAGCAUCACACCAUUAAAUGCAUAAAGCCGAAAGCGGAACGAACUUGACAAUAUCACCUUCGUGUCCAGGUCAGCAGCCACUUCACUUCUCACUAAGCCAAGCUUAGCGACACAGGACACACAGAUGGCUCGCAAGGACAAGGCAAAUGAUACGAGACGAGCAAGAGUUGUGUUCGAUACCAGCCCUUGUCUUGGUGACAGCGCCUUCUGAAUCAAUCAACGGUCGGUGACUGAGCAAGAUCUCCAUCAUCAUGUUCGCUUCCAUUUCCAACACCAUGAAGUCCCUAGGUGUGACAGCCAUUUCGGCACGAGUCGAAAGAGGCCACGGGCCGUGCAGAUAGUGACUGAUGGUCUCCGAGGCUCUACACCCUGCCAGGGGAAGAGUGAUGUCCCACUCGCUACAGCUUUGAAUUGGAUCGAGAAUGCCAGCGAAAAUCUAGGAACAGAGUCUUGAAUGGAACUUCAUUUCAACAGAUUGGUCGAGCCACGGAACCAGGGUUCUGGAUGGACAACGCAGCGUGGAUCGAACUGUGAUGCGAUACUUCUUUGGGAGGGGGUUGGCAAAAGCAGGAGAGCCUCGAUGUAUUUUGGGCGCUUAAAGACAAGCCCUGAAUGGGCAUCACGGUGCCCAGCUUGGCCGGAUCCAGUUAAAUCGACCAACUAAAGCAUUACCGAGUCUUAGGCACCGCAGACUCGAGGUUCCACCAUUUACUGCAUCCCCCGCUCGAAUACUUGAUUCGUCCCCAAAUGUGCUUCAUGCAGUCACUCUUCUCGUUGUUCACCCUGUAGUCUCUGCCAAUCACUCCCAUCAGCGCUUCCGCCACGGUCCUCUAGCAAUCAUGGCGAGAUACAUCUACCGCCCGGAUCGCUCCUUGCGUGCAACAAGCUGCUUCAUGUCCCUUUCGGUCAGGGGGUCACCGGUUUCAGGAG